AUGACACUUCGUACACUCUGCGAGCGCUUCGCAGCUUACAAGUUUGUUUCUCAGUGCCUUAUCCUCCAAAAAGCAGGAGGUGGUCUCCAUGUUUCAUCAUCUUGCUACUGGGAUUCAAAUUCUGAUGGCAUGGUUACAGUUCGUUGGAAAAACGAGUCAAUGCACUGCAUUGUUUCAAUUUAUGGCCUUGCUGUUCAAUAA